AGCUGCAGUUUCGUUUGACUUAAGAUUCACCUAUAUGUUAGCUGGUUGGGAAGGUAGUGCUCAUGAUUCUCGUAUUUUAAAUGAUGCACUUAGUAGACCAAGGGGACUUAAAAUUCCAGAAGGUAAAUAUUAUCUUGGUGAUGCCGGUUAUGGAAAUAGACCUGGAAUCUUGUCUCCUUAUCGAAGUGUUCGAUAUCAUUUGAAAGAGUUUAGUGAUCAUCCACCUGAAAAUGCAAAAGAAUUAUUCAACCUUCGUCAUUCUUCGUUGCGAACUACCAUUGAGCGAGGGUUUGGAGUUAUAAAAAAACGUUUUCGUGUCUUGGAUGCAGAACCAUUUUGGUCUUUUAAUACACAAGUGGAUGUAGUUUUAGCAUGUGGUGUUAUUCACAAUCACAUCAUGGGGGUUUAUCCUAAUGACCCAAUUAUGCAAGAUGGAACAUUUGAGAUAGAGUCUAGUGAUCGAGUCCAACCUAGCCGACGCGAAGCUAUAGUGGAAAGUAGAGAAUGGAAUAAUAAGAGGGAUGAGAUAUGUCAAGCAAUGUGGGCUGACUACAUAAUUAGGAGACAUGCAUAAAUUUAUUCAGUCCAAACUGUUUGGAGUUAUUUGUUGAUGAUGUAUUACAGCUUUCUAUGAUUAGGUGCUGUCAACUUUAUUUGGCUUUGUAUUUGGUUGCUAACAAAGCAUAAGUGGAUAUCUUGUAUACUUUUUAAAAUGUAAUAAUUGAAUAUUUUUGUGGGGAAACAGUUAAAAUUGUUAUUUGGUUCCUCAAGUUCAAGUCAACAUGGCAUUGCAUUGUUUUUUGAUGAUGAAUUUUUUGUUCCAUAGUUUCAAUUUUUAUUUUUGUAAUAAUGUUUUAUAUUGUUAUUAUCAUAAUGGUUGUGAUUCAUUAGAUUGUCCUUUUGA